AGUGUGACCUCCCCGAAACUUGGCAGCUCCUUUAGUCUGGACGUUGAUGGCAGGACAAAGAGGCGCCUGCACCAUGAGCGACGACAUGGUAGAGAGGAGCUUGGAAGGACCCUCAGCACUCACUACAGACAAGCCCUCCCAGAAGAGGGGAGACUUGGUGGAGAUAUUAAAUGGGGAGAAGGUAAAGUUUGACGACACGAGGCUUUCCUUAAUUCUUCAGAACGGCCUGGAGACCCUCCGAGAGGAAAACGCUUUGACAGAUGUCAUCUUGUGUGUGGACGUUCAGGAGUUUUCUUGCCAUCGUGUGGUGCUUGCUGCCGCCAGCAACUACUUCAGGGCCAUGUUCUGCAAUGACUUAAAGGAGAAGUACGAGGAGAGGAUCAUCAUUAAAGGGGUGGACGCGGAGACCAUGCACGCUCUCCUGAACUAUACCUACACAAGCAAGGCUCUGAUCACCAAGCAGAAUGUUCAGCGGAUUCUGGAGGCUGCCAAUCUUUUCCAGUUUCUGCAGUUGGUGGAUGCCUGUGCCAGCUUCCUCACAGAAGCCUUGAACCCAGAAAACUGCAUUGGAAUACUGAGGCUAGCGGACACACACUCCUUGGACAGUUUAAAGAUGCAAGUUCAAAGUUACAUCAUUCAAAACUUCGUUCAGAUUCUGAACUCCGAGGAGUUCCUUGAACUUCCGGUGGAUACCUUAUAUCACAUCUUGAAGAGUGACGACCUUUGUGUGACCGAGGAGGCUCAGGUGUUUGAGACCGUGAUGAGCUGGGUCCGGCACAAACAGUCAGAACGACUCUGCCUCCUCCCUUGUGUUCUCGAGAAUGUGCGCUUACCACUUCUGGACCCGUGGUACUUCGUGGAGAUGGUUGAAGCAGAUCCUCUAAUUAGACAGUGUCCUGAGGUCUUCCCACUGCUGCAGGAAGCCAGGAUGUACCACCUUUCUGGAAAUGAGAUUAUCUCAGAGCGCACCAAGCCCAGGAUGCAUGAGUUCCAGUCUGAGGUGUUCAUGAUUAUUGGCGGCUGUACCAAAGAGGAACGAUUUGUGGCAGAGGUGACCUGCCUGGACCCCCUGAGGCGCAGUCGCCUGGAGGUGGCCAAGCUUCCACUGACAGAGCAUGAGCUGGAGAGUGAGAAUAAGAAGUGGGUGGAGUUUGCCUGUGUGACAUUAAAAAACGAGGUCUACAUCUCAGGUGGCAAAGAAACACAGCAUGAUGUUUGGAAAUAUAAUUCUUCAAUCAACAAAUGGAUUCAGAUAGAGUAUUUAAACAUAGGCCGCUGGAGGCAUAAGAUGGUCGUGUUGGGUGGCAAAGUCUAUGUAAUUGGGGGAUUUGAUGGCUUACAAAGGAUCAACAAUGUGGAGACUUAUGACCCCUUCCACAACUGCUGGUCAGAGGCCGCACCCCUCCUGGUCCAUGUCAGUUCCUUUGCGGCUGCUAGCCACAAGAAGAAGCUGUAUGUCAUUGGAGGAGGACCCAAUGGGAAGCUGGCCACGGACAAGACUCAGUGUUAUGAUCCUUCGACCAAUAAAUGGGUUUUGAAGUCGGCCAUGCCAGUAGAGGCUAAAUGCAUCAAUGCAGUGAGUUUCCAGGAUCACAUCUAUGUUGUUGGCGGUGCCAUGAGAGCGCUUUAUGCCUACAGCCCUCUGGAAGACAGCUGGUGCCUGGUGACGCAGUUCAGUCAUGAGCGAGCCAGCUGCGGCAUUGCGCCCUGCAACAACAAGCUCUACAUCACCGGCGGGAGGGACGAGAAGAACGAGGUCAUUGCCACUGUGCUCUGCUGGGACCCUGAGGCUCAGAAGCUGACAGAGGAAUGUGUCCUGCCACGCGGUGUGUCUCACCAUGGCAGUGUCACCAUCAGGAAGUCAUAUACUCACAUCCGGCGGGUUGUGCCUGGGGCCGUGUCUGUGUGACUGCCAGGGAAACCAAGAAUGUGCCCUCGGAGCCUCUGAGCACUGAUUCUGCACCCUAGCUUGCUCAGGUCUCUUGUGAGCCUUAGGCUUGGCUUGGAUUUAAGGCUUAUCAUGGGGCACCUUAUGAGCCCAGCCGGGAAUGCUUGUGUGACCUAUCAGGAUGAAGGGUAAUGUUUAACAUUCCAUACAUGCCUACAUGCCCUGGCCUGUGCCAGCCACUUAUCCAUGGUAAUUCGCUUAACUGUGGUAAUGACCUGCUGUCAGAUAGUAUCACGCCUGUCUUAGAGGUGAAGAAAAGGAAUUUCAGACAGGCCAACUUUCACCAGGUCACUCAGAGAGCAAGUAUCUAAGCCAGAAUAAACCCAGGUCUUUCCAUAUCAGUCCCUGUCUCUCACACCACACUGCUUAACUCAGGAAAACUGAAAGCCAACCCCAAACUUGGCUGGUUCUUUCUGGCAAUGUGGCUGAAGACAAGGGAAUAAAGGAGUUUUUCUGUGCUCCCUUCCUUUUAUUCCUUGUAUGUAUGAGAGUCUUGGAGACUUUUGGGCCACUUGUCAAGAGCAUCUCCCACCGGACAUGUCUGUUGGGACUAGUCUGGGAAGCCUGUUUGUUUUGAAAAAGGUGAAAGACAUGUCCCAUUUCCCCCACAUCGUAAAGGUUGUUUUUGAUGACAGGAUGUGCCAUUUUGGACUAUCACUGCCAGUUGGUGGCUGGGGGUGGGUGGCUCCCUGGAUAAAGCUCUUGCUGCUGUACAAGCCUGAAGACCAGUGUUAGGAGCCUAGAUCCCACAGGAAAGCUGAGCAGGCAGGCAUGGCUGCCUGAAGUCCCAGUGCUUGGGAAGCAGGCACAGGGCUUCCCUAGGUCAAGCUGGGCAGUUCAGUCAGUCAGGAGACUGUGUCAGGGAAUGAAAAUGGAGUGUGAUUGCCUGGAAGAGGGCUCAGCAGUGGAAAGUGGGGAGUGACUGAGGAAGUCAUUUGCCAUCAACUUUGGGUCUUCACACUUGUGAACACACACCGCAUACACGU